UGAAGUUGGUGCGGGACGUCGAGCACCGUGUUUGUGUGUGUGCGGGCUGUGCGUGUCGGGGUCCCGGUAAACAUUGCUUGGUGCAGCUGUGUCGGAGAGGAGGCUCGGGAGGAGGUCCGACUGCGGGAGACGAUGACCGACAAGGAGUCAGCGACGGACAAGAUCAUCUCAGAUGCAAUGGCUAAUCCUUCUCCAGCCAAGAGUGUGGGCGACCCUGGAAUCACCCCACUGUCUCCCUCACACACUCAGCAGAACGACACAGACCAGGUGUCUUCAGGGCCGACGUUUGUGGUGGUGGUCGCUAUUGACUUUGGCACCACGUCCAGUGGCUAUGCGUACGCCUUCAGUAAAGAGCCGGAGUGCGUUCACACUAUGAGACGCUGGGAAGGUGGGGACCCAGGAGUGUCCAAUCAGAAGACCCCAACCACAAUCCUGCUGACGCCAGACCGAAAGUUCCACAGUUUUGGUUACGCAGCACGCGACUUCUACCAUGAUCUGGACCCCAGCGAGUCCAAACACUGGCUGUACCUGGAGAAGUUCAAAAUGAAGCUGCACACCACAGCAAAUCUGUCCAUCGACACAGACCUGCAGGCAGCCAAUGGGAAGCGAGUAAAAGCUCUGGAUAUCUUUGCAUAUGCCCUCGCCUUCUUCAAGGAGCAGGCGCUAAAGGAGCUGAGUGACCAGACAGGAAGUGAGUUUGACAACAAUGACGUCAGAUGGGUGAUCACUGUUCCUGCCAUCUGGAAAAUGCCCGCAAAGCAGUUCAUGAGGGAAGCUGCAUAUAAGUCUGGCCUGGUUUCCCGUGAAAACCCAGAACAGCUGAUCAUUGCCUUAGAGCCAGAAGCUGCCUCAAUCUACUGUCGUAAGCUCCGCCUCCAUCAGAUGGUUGACCUGGCCACCCAGACCACACAGAAUGGUUUUAGCCCUACUGACAAUGUCGGAUCCGGUAUGACCCAAGUCUCUCCAGGUCAUGCUAAGGAGCAUGUUCGGCGCAACCGGCAGAGCCGCACCUUUUUGGUGGAAAAUGUCAUAGGGGAGCUUUGGUCGGAGCUGGAAGAAGGUGACCGCUAUGUGGUGGUUGACUGUGGCGGAGGAACAGUGGAUCUGACAGUCCAUCAGAUCCGUCUUCCAGAGGGACAUCUAAAAGAGCUCUACAAGGCCUCAGGUGGUCCUUAUGGAUCUAUUGGAAUUGAUUAUGAAUUUGAGAAGCUGCUGUGCCGGAUCUUUGGUCAGGAUUUUAUUGACCAAUUCAAAAUCAAGAGGCCAGCUGCUUGGGUGGACUUAAUGAUCGCCUUUGAGUCACGGAAGAGAGCAGCAGCGCCUGACAGGACUAACCCUCUCAACAUUAACCUUCCCUUCUCCUUCAUCGACUACUACAAGAAGUACAGGGGCCACAGUGUCGAGCACGCCUUACGGAAAAGCAAUGUGGAUUUUGUGAAAUGGUCAUCCCAGGGAAUGCUAAGGAUGAGUCCGGAUGCUAUGAAUGCCCUCUUCAAGCCCACUGUAGAUCACAUCAUCCAACACCUCACCGAGCUGUUUGAGAAGCCAGAGGUGAGCAACAUUAAAUUCCUUUUCUUAGUGGGAGGUUUUGCUGAGUCACCCCUUCUUCAGCAAGCUGUCCAGAACAUGCUCCAGGGUUGCAGUCGCAUCAUCAUCCCCCACGAUGUGGGCCUCACCAUCCUGAAAGGAGCUGUGCUCUUUGGCCUGGACCCCAGUGUCAUUAAAGUGCGCCGCUCACCUCUCACAUAUGGCGUUGGUGUCCUCAAUCGCUUCGUGGAGGGGAAGCACCCGCCAGAAAAGCUGCUCGUGAAAGAUGGCACGCGUUGGUGCACUGAUGUGUUCGACACGUUCAUCGCCUCUGAUCAGUCGGUGGCUCUGGGUGAGAUGGUAAAGCGCAGCUACACGCCGGCGAAGCCUUCUCAGCAGGUUAUCGUCAUCCACGUCUACUGCUCCGAGAAAGAGAGCGUGUCAUUCAUUACCGAGCCCGGUGUCAGGAAGUGUGGGACCCUCCGUUUGGAUGUGAGCGGAACAGAAAGCACGGCGGCGCGUCGUGAGAUCCAGACGCUCAUGCAGUUUGGUGACACAGAGAUUCGUGCCAUGGCAGUGGAUGUCUCUACUGGACGCACUGUCAAAGCUAGCAUUGACUUCCUCAGCCAUUAGCUAGGUAACCAGAGCGCUAACGUUAGGGAAUUACUACAUAGGGUUCACAGAUACACACAACAAGCUCACUAAGUUACUUACUGGAAUCUGGUUCUAAACCCAAACUAUCGUUCGGUGUUUGAAUUUUCUUUUUAUGGACAGAAA